AUGUCCCACCUCGUGGUGCGCGGCCGGCGGAUCAACUGGACUCUGGUGCUGGUGCUGGGGUAUCUCUUUUACCUCCUCCUGGGGGCCAUGGUGUUCCAGCUGCUGGAGAAGCAGGCAGAGGCCCAGUCUCGGGACCAAUUCCAGCUGGAGAAACUCAAGUUCCUGCAGAACUACACGUGCUUGGACAAGCAAGCCCUGGAGCAGUUUGUGCAGGUCAUCCUGGAAGCAUGGGAGAAAGGGGUCAACCCAGAAGGAAAUUCUACCAACCCCAGCAACUGGGACUUCAGCAAUUCUUUCUUUUUUGCAGGAACCGUUGUCACAACUAUAGGUUACGGUAACUUGGCCCCCAGUACGGUGGCUGGGCAGGUGUUCUGUGUGUUUUAUGCCUUGUUUGGGGUGCCGCUUAACCUGGCCUUUCUCAAUCAGCUGGGGAAAGGACUCAAUGCACACCAGAUCACUCUGGAGAGAUGGGUGCACAAGCCAGGCCGUGCACGGGUAGUGCAGACGCUGGCAUUGGCCCUUUUUCUGACCGCUGGGACCUUGCUAUUUCUAGUAUUCCCACCUAUGAUCUUCAGUUAUGUAGAAGGCUGGAGCUAUGGAGAAGGCUUCUACUUCACCUUCAUCACCCUCAGCACCAUUGGAUUUGGGGACUAUGUAGUAGGCACAGAUCCUAACAAGCACUACAUCUCGAUGUACAGGAGCCUGGCGGCAAUUUGGAUUGUUUUUGGCUUGGCCUGGCUCGCUCUGGUCUUUAACUUGGGAGCUGACCUGAUGGAAAAAUUCCUUCAGCUAAAGUGGCACAAGCCUGGCACAGCAGAAGAAGCCAUUACCAAGAUGGAGGAUGACCCUGAUCAACCCAGAAUCCACAUACCUAGCUGA